AUGGCCAGAAAAAAGAAGAGCGGUGCCGCCAGGAAGGGAAUCGACGGCCAGCUUGCUCUCCCCAGGCACGACAUGGAUCCCCGUCCCGAGACUUCACCAUACGCAAGCCCCACCUGCACAGUUCCUUUUGCAAGCCCCUUGGCGCUGCCCAAGGACAUCCUCCUCAGAAGCCCCAGGCUCCACGCCGCCUAUGAGGAUAACCUUCCCGAGCUCCCAGAGAUCUCGGAUGACAUUGGCCACGUUCUUGUACAUUACCUCCACACCGGCACCUACGAGACCCUCAAGCCGAAGGCUGCCGACGACCUCCCACGCCAGAUUGCCGAGCUCAAGACCAGCAUCCAGGCCUACGCCGCCGCGAAACACUACGACCUCCCAGACCUCAUGAAGCUUGCCGAGGCCAAGAUUGAAAGGUAUGGCGAGGGCCUGCCCCUCCCUUCCUUGCUGGAGGUGGCCAGAGACGCCCACCCCAACCUCUGCGACAAUGACGACUGGUUUUUGAAUUUUUUAAGGGCAAAGAUUCGUCCUCAUCUCAAGGACGCCAAGGCCCUCCGAGAAUCCGACCUGCUGGACCAAAUCAGCAACAUCCUUUCUCCCAACCGGGUGCUGCUCCGCACCGUCCUGGAAAUAUUCUGUGAGAGCUAUGUCCCCAAGCCGCAGCCUCCACCCCCAUCACAACAGGCUGCCCCACAACAGCCACAGAGCCAGCAGCAGCAGCAGCAGCAGCCUAGCACCCCCGGCAGCUCGAGGGCGACAUCACCUCCCCCAGCACCAGGGACUCCCAUGUCCAACAUAGACCUCAGAUCCAGGACCAUCUCCAGGGAGGACUCAUUCCCAACGCCGUCCUCCAGGAAGAGCACCAAGACAGCCGUGCCCUGGCCCUCCCAGGACGAAAUGAGUGGGACUGACGGUCAGCAUGAUUCGCCCAACGAGGCGUCUUCUGACCCCUUCCUGCCCGCCUUGCCCGUUCAGACUUCAGAACAGGUGCAGGUGGAAGAGCCACUAGCACAGUCGAAGCCCGUGUUUGAGCUGGACCCCAUCUCGGAGACGCCAACUGUGGUCGAGCAUGAGGAGCCGGCCCGUGAGGCAUUCAGAGAGGUGGUCGAGGAAAUCAAGGUGAAGGCGCACGAACAAGUGCACACUGAAGACUUGGCCCAUCUCGCCCCGGUGCUUGAGGAGGAGAAGGAGGAGAAGGAGAAGCAGGUUGAAAAGCUUGGCCCUGUUCCGACCCUCGCAAAGCAGCGCGAGCGCGCCGACUCAGGCAAGCACAUCGACAUGGACGCAGAGCCGGCGGGCGAGUUCAGAGCUCUCCCAGUUCUCCAGGAGGGCCCCACCUCGUCGGUCCCCAUUGUGAUCUCCGACAAAGUGCCUGCCCUUGAGCCCAAGAUCAAUCCUCGUGCGGCCUUGAGACAAGCCGAUUCGGGGUUCUGGUCCGAAAUCGAUACUGCCUCGGAGCACGACCAGGCCGUCGUCGGCAAGGAGGCUCUUACUCCUGCGGUUGUCGAGGUGGAGGUACCUCUGACCCCACCUCUGCAGGAGGUUCUGCCCGUGGCCGAGAUCAACGAGCUCGACAGUGCCCCCUCCAAGGCUGGGGAUGAUCAGGGGCGGGACCAAAACAAGCCUUCCGUUGCUGCGCCUAUCAAUGAUAAGGCCGAGCUCGAUUCGCCCAAGGACGAGGCCAAGGAGGAGGCCUCUGAAUCGGCUAAAGAUGAGGUCGAGACGGCCUCCCAACCGGCCCUGUCAGCCUUGCUUCCCUCCCCCAAGCCCGCCAUUGCGCUUCCUAGCAAGCUCGAGCUUCCGGCUGAAAUCCUCGAGGCGGUUUCUGCCUCCGUCGCUGAAGACACCCAGGAACAAAAAGAGGAGGACAAGAAGGACCAGAUGGAGAAGUCAGUCUUCCCCGCCACCCAUCUCUCCCAAGAAGGGCCCUCGAUUUCCAAAGAGCCCGAAGUCGCUGAAGCUGCGCCCGCUCCAAAAGUGGAGGUCGAGAACACCGUCACCCAAGGGACCCAGGAGGACGCCGACAAAGUUCCCGACGUUGCUGACACCGUUGGGCCCGCUGAGUCCCAAACGGCUGAGCAGAAGCCGCAGCCGGAGUCGGAGCCCGCUGCGUCGACCGUUGAGCAGCCACAGCCCGUUCCAGUCGUCGUCCCGAAGGCCAGCAGAGCGAGGAGCCUCAGGAGCCUCAAGAACGGCGUCAUGGGCAGGGGUUCCUCUUCGUCCCUCCACCUCACACUCGCAAGGACGCGCUCCAAGUUUUCCAGCAGCAACAAGAACCUCCCCGUCUCCGUUUCAGUUCCAGCUGCCGAGUCUUCAUCGGCGCCUAAGCCAGAGGCUGAAGCCCCAGCAAUCAAAGGCAAAUCCCAAAGUCCGGCAGUAGUUUCGGGCAGCGGCGGCGGCUGGAAGAAAAAGCUCUUCCGCUACCCGGUUCUCUUUGGUCGUGGCAUGUGA